AUGCCCCGAGCUUUCCUAGUGAAAAAGGCGAGCGUUUCCACCGGCAAGAGGAACUGGAGCGAACUUCCAGAUGAAGAAAGAGGCGAGAUUUACGUGCCAGUCUCACUGGGUGGGUAUGCCUUGUGGAAAAAUCUGGAGCCUUCCGUUGCGGAACCCCCUUCGUACUCAAUGCCUCUGGACAUGACCAUACGAGACUCCACCUUUAUGGCAGCACAGCCCCGUUGUACAGCCCAGGUCCCCAGUGGGAUGCCUCAGGAUGGAGAGCCUGGAUUCCUGUGCUCCAAGAUCAAGGUGACCCAAGGUGAAGGGCCAGGUGAGCAGUUCUGCUGCCCUGUUUGCCAGAAAGGGUUCUCCUACCAGCGGAUGCUGAACCGCCACUUGAAGUGCCACAGUCAGGUGAAGCGGCACCUCUGCUCCUAUUGCAAUAAAGGCUUUAACGACACCUUUGACCUCAAGCGCCAUGUCCGGACACAUACAGGUGUGCGCCCCUACAAGUGUGAACUCUGUGACAAGGCCUUCACCCAGCGCUGUUCCCUGGAGUCUCACCUGAAGAAGAUCCACGGGGUGCAGCAAAGUUACGCCUAUAAAGAGCGCCGGGCCAAGCUAUACGUGUGUGAGGAUUGUGGUGCCACGGCUGACAGCCAGGAGGGUCACAUGCGUCAUCUGCAGGAGCGCCAUCCGGACAAUCCACUUCUACGCAAAGCCUCACGCAAAUCAUCUGCCCUGCUCCAUGGUACCACCCCACCACCCUCUCUGCUGCAGGGCAACCUUUGCCUUUGAAACUGCCCCCAAGUGGAGCAUAGAAGGGGGUCUGUCCUCACCAGCAGCCUACUGGCAUCUCCAAGCAAAGUCAGGCCUUCUUUUAAGCUCAGGGAUUCUCAGGUUUUUAUCCGAGCACAGGAGAGAGAACGUUUUUGAGCCUGUAUGCGGAGAUAUUGAAGGCAAAGGACAAAGAUGCCAUUGCUGAUCCUGCUCCGAGGACAAGCUGACUCCACAACAGAGCAAAGGACUAGGGGUGACCUUUUAAAAAGUUAGAUGCAUAAACUGAACUGGUGGUGAUCGAGGGUAGGGGAGUGGGUUUGAGUGAGAUGUAGGAAAGUGUAUUCCAUCUUGCUGCUGCCUUAUUUCCUCUCCAGUUAUUAUCACAGGGAGCAAACAAGAUUCCAGUUCCUAGUUUAGGGUUAAUGUUGUUACAAGUGACACCACAAAGGCUCCCUCCCCAUACUGUUUCUUCAUGGGUAUUUUUU